UUUUGUUUGAAUCAUUAACUAUCCCGUUACGAUGUCAUAAGCAGAAAUUGGCUGUGCGCCCAAAAACCCUAAACCCUGUAAAAGAUCAAAACACCAGAAAAUGCUAGUCUUCAUUUCUCUCAAUCUCCUCAAAUUCAAUACAAAGAUAACCUUUAAAUCAGUCCAAAACCUUACAUUCACAAAAUCGAUGUCCCAUUCAACCUCAAUCCCCAAAAAACAGCAACGAGUACGCGACCACGGCUACGACAAUUACAUGGAGAUCGAGAAAAAGACUCGUAAGGUUCUUAAAUUUCAAUCCUUAAUUCUCUCCCAAAUCAACCAAACAUUAACAAUCUCUCGCCUCGAGACUCUCGCUCGUCGCCUCGGCUGCAAACAAUACGAAGCCGGCACUUUCAUACUUAAAUUCCCUCACAUUUUCGAAGUCUAUGAGCAUCCCGUUCAACGCGUUCUCUAUUGUCGUUUAACACGUAAAGCUCUUCUUCAAAUUCAACAAGAAAAGGAAGCAUUAAUUGCCCAAAUACCCACCGCUGUUAUGCGGUUAAGGAAAUUGAUAAUGAUGUCGAAUACGGGCCGGCUCCGUUUGGAACAUGUGAGAAUCGCCAGGUCAGCAUUUGGGUUGCCUGAUGAUUUUGAAUAUUCUGUAGUUCUUAAAAAUCCUCAGUAUUUUAGAUUAGUAGAUGGUAAAGACACGAGGAAUAAGUAUAUUGAGAUUGUUGACAAGGAUCCUGAGUUAGCUGUUUGUGCAAUUGAGAAAGUUAGGGAGAGAGAGUAUAGAGAGAAAGGAAUGGAUGCUGAGGAUAUAAGGUUUUCCUUUAUAAUUAAUUUUCCACCUGGGUUUAAGAUAGGCAAAUAUUAUAGAAUUGCAGUCUGGAAAUGGCAAAGGAGUCCUUAUUGGUCACCUUACGAGGAUGUUUCAGGUUAUGAUUUGAGGUCAAUUGAGGCUCAAAAGAGGAUGGAAAAGAGAGCGGUUGCGACUAUUCAUGAAUUGUUGUCAUUGACAGUCGAAAAGAGAAUUACGUUGGAGAGGAUUGCUCAUUUUAGACUGGCUAUGAAUUUGCCGAAUAAGCUGAAGGAUUUUUUGCUUCAGCAUCAAGGGAUAUUUUAUGUCUCGACAAGAGGGAAUCUUGGGAAGCUGCAUACAGUAUUUCUUAGAGAGGCUUACAAGAAGGGGGAAUUGGUGGAGCCGAAUGACUUGUAUUUGGCGAGGAGGAAGUUGGGUGAGUUGGUGUUAAUGAGUCCAAGAAAGGCGAAAAUGGAUAGAGAAUUGGUAAGUUAUAGGAGAGAUAGAGAAUGUCAGGAGAUGGAAAAAUUUGCAGCGGACUAUCUGGAGAAUGAUGUUGAGACUGGAAACAAUGGACAAGAUGGGGAGGAGGAGGAGGAUGAUCUGAAUUUGGACUUGGGUAGUGAUGUCACCUCUGAUUUUAGUGACGGAAUGGAUGAUGCUGUUGAUGUUGUCAAUUCAGAGGAUGCUCCUAUAACUAAGUGAUUUAGAUAAGUUUUGUUGUAAAGGUUGUUGGGUUUCAGUUGUUCCUGUAAAUUGUUAUGAUUCACAAAUCAAACGUCUAUUGGACAUUUUCUUCAAAAGAUGAAGCAUACUUAGUGGAGAAACUCUUGAUGGAAUAGGUUAUAGAAGAAGGUUGUUCAAGGAAUCAUGUAACAAGUCAACCUUGAUAUCCUUUUAUCUAUUGAUUUAUCUUCUGUAUCAACAUUCUGAUUCGAGGAGUAACUACUGGGGCUGGUCAACAGUGGAUUCCUAUGUGCUAUGUACAUAUCUGGCAGUUUGAAUAAAUAAGCAACCACUACAUUAUUGGUUUCUUGAUAGCCCCGUUUUCAUGGAUUCCUCACUUGGGCAUCAUGAUGUUAUGGAUUAUUCACUUAGGUAGUUACACCGGUGUGUUUGAGUAUGGCAAGUGUGUUUGGUGUAUUUUCUGUCUACAAUUCUGCCUGCUGGGAAUUUCAAUUUUGUCCAUCAUUGAUUUUAGUUGCUUGGCCUGCAUAUAUGUGAAAACUGAAAAUACUAUUUGGCGCAUUCUCAAUAAGAAUAGAUAUUAUAGUUGAGGACUCAGAUGCAUCCAAAAAAACCAAUCAAUCUUGGUCUAUAUCUUUCCACAUUUCUACUUUCAGCUGCUUACAUCUGAUGUUAACUGCAACCUCUGCAUCCAAAAACCAGUUAAGUCCUGGUCUUUUUCUUCUGAAAUCUUUUCCCCGUGGUUUUCUUUGGUGCGAUAGCUUCCAACAUGUGUUUUCAUCUUUAGUGUUCUUCAUGCUUUUGACCUCAUCAGAGCAUUUCUUAAUGGCUUGUUGACUUUUGUUUGAAGGAGGUCCCAAUUUCUUUGGAUUCUUGGUAGUUCAUUGUAUUGUUGUUAUUUCUCUUGGCAUCUAUUGCAUGUUAGUUGAGUAUAAUCAAGUUGAGUUUGUCUGCAUCAGUUCCCCGAUCUACCAACUUGUCUCAAGUUAAAACUCACCAGCUGUGAGUCAGGUUUUGCUUCCAAAUUUUAUUAUCUUAAGAAAGAGCUCGAGCAAUCUUUUUAUUCUUCGAGGUAAUUAUAAGCUUUGAACGAGAAGAUUACAUGGGGAUAGGGCUAAUAUGUGAUUUGCUAAGUUCAAACCGUCAUUGUGCUGCCUGCCUAAAGUCUUACUCGUGGUUCUGUUGUUGCCAGUUAUUCUGAUUUUGCUAAUAGGUCACUUGAUGUCGUUGCUAAUGAAGUCCGGAUUUUGGUAGCCUUUUCUGGUGUCCAGGUAACACGUGAUAGUCUGUGGGCCUCUCCAAAUGCAGCAUCUUUGGGCUUUCAUGGACUUUAGAAGUGAUUUAAUUCCUCUUGCAGCCGACACCAGACGCCUUCUCCUUCACAUCAUCCGACGCGGAAUGGGGUCAGUAUUUGACUACACGCUACAGGUAGAUAUGCAAGUCAUUAAUAUAGUACUGGUAGCAGUCUAGCAGAUAAAUGGUCUUAACCCAUGCAGAAGCUUCAUCAUACUUUGCGACGGAUCAAAACAAAGAUAUUUAUCUUCAAUCUCUACCAGUCACAGAAGGUUUUUGAUUGCAUCGCACCAUCGAUCUAUGGACCAACCCUAGUUGUCAAUCUCCCACUACAUCAUAUUAUCAGCUCAAUAGUCAAGGAUUUCUUUUUCUUUUCCUUGAUCGGGCAUUAAAAUUGCGAUACACGUCAUUGACUACAGAUGUAAUCCCAUGUGGUAAAAAAGUCUUAUGCUAUAGAUUAAAGUCUAUGAGGUCAUUCAGUUGUAUAAAUUAGCUCAUAUUAAAAGUCAACAAUGAUGGUUGUAUUUGAUCAUGAAAUGUUUCGUUAGCAUAUAUUAUUUAAUACAAUAUUCAAUGCCAAUGACUCGUCA